AUGAAAAGACUCAUCAUUUGCUGCGAUGGCACGUGGUACAGUGCCGAUAAGGGACGCGAUUGUAUCCCCUCCAAUGUCGCUCAAAUCAGCCGCAUGAUUGCCCCUCACGGCAAAAGAGCAGAGACAGGAGAAAUCGUGGAGCAAGUCGUGUACUAUCAGACGGGCGUCGGAGCAGGCCCGAUGAGCACGCUUGACAGUGCUUGGCAAGGAGCCACAGGUGCUGGCCUUGAGGAAAACGUGACCACGGCAUAUCACUACCUCGCAAACAAUUAUUUAGGCGGCCCGAAUGACAAAGACGUGGAUGAGAUUUUCUUGUUCGGCUUCUCACGUGGCGCCUACACCGCCAGAGCAUUGGCCGGUAUGGUAACUGAGAUGGGACUUCUUUGGCCCCAGGAGCUUCACCACUUCCCAGAUCUGUACAAGGUCUACAGUCGACACGGAGAGAGGGCCGACAAACAUGAUGAAAAUGAGAAUGAAGAGAAGGGUGAUGAGGAUUCCGCUAUUGGAGUCGAAGAUGAAGUUCAUUGCAGCGGCACCGAUGAGAGUCUUAGGACCAUCAGGUACACGGGAAAGUUCUGGAAGACUGCGGAGGAGACGGCGAAUAGUAUCGACAAAAGUUUGUGGGACAGGAUCAAGAUCUUCCACCCGGACAAUGCCGAUAAUGAUGAUAGUCAUAUCUAUCAUAUAGUCAGAAUCAAAGCCAUCGGUGUAUGGGAUACGGUGGGCAGCAGGGGCCUUCCUGAAAGUGCAUUCACGUCAGCGACCGGGUGGAACAAAGGAUACCAAUUCCAUGACACUGCACUGAACAGGAAAAUUGACCACGCAUUUCACGCACUCUCACUUGAUGAGCAUCGCGGAGCGUUUCAGCCAACAAUGUGGUAUCUUGAUCACCCAGAGUCCGAUUACGGCGCUACUACAGACCUCAAGCAGUGCUGGUUCCCAGGUUUCCAUGCCGAUAUUGGUGGUGGAACGACCGACAACAAAUCGACACAGACGUCGGGAAUUGACCAAAUAACGCUGGCCUGGAUGUGCGAUCAGGUUGACGGUCUUUUGGAGUUCGACAAAACCGCUUGUAAAGCCCUCUUGUUCAAAGACGAGCUCUCCUCGGGACGGACAGAAUGGGCUGAAGAGGAUACCCACGACUCGAUCGGCUGGUACAAGCUGCCAGCCGCUGGAGGGGAUGUGGUCCGCACUCCCGGUAUGUAUAAGAAAAAGCUCGCCAACAAGACGUGCGCCAGAAAGAAGGGCGACUUCGUUACGAACGAGACAGUCCAUCCUUCAGUCCGCUGGCGCAUGUCCAAGAAGACGAACUACAACCCCCCCGCAUUCAAGGAACAUUUCGGCGUGCUCCAGACCAAUGGCCCCGCGUGGGAAUACAAAGAGCUGGAUGAUCACAACGAGUCGGGAAACGGAGCCUGGUGGGUGCGGCCAGAAGUGCCCGAGAAGAAAAGUCUGAUCUGGGGCACUGCAGAUGGCGAGAGAAUAGUUAAGCUCGAUGAGUGGUGGAUUCGUGAGGUUCAAGACCCCGAUCGUCUUAACCUAGAGUGGAACCUUCUCCCUCAUGCAGUGCAGGAUACGCUUAGCACGAGGAACGAGUACAGACCCCGUUCACUCAAGCUUCUCCAAGAAGAAGACAAAGGAAAGUAUGAGUUUCCAAUAUUUUGCCGGAACGAAUAUUAA